AUGACGGGUGGGUCCCAGGGUGCCUUCUUCCGUCACCCUCGUGGGGUCGUCCUCCCGUCACCCUCGUGGGGUCGCCCUCCCGUCACCCUCGUGGGGUCGCCCUCCCGUCACCCUCAUGGGGUCGCCCUCCCGUCACCCUCGUGGGGUUGCCCCUCCCGCCCCCUCGUGGGGUCGUCCUCCCGUCACCCUCGUGGGGUCGCCCUCCCGUCACCCUCGUGGGGUUGCCCUCCCGUCACCCUCAUGGGGUUCGCCCUCCCGUCACCCUCGUGGGGUUGCCCUCCCGUCACCCUCGUGGGGUCGUCCUCCCCGUACACCUCGUGGGGUCGCCCUCCCGUCACCCUCAUGGGGUCGCCCUCCCGUCACCCUCGUGGGGUUGCCCUCCCGUCACCCUCGUGGGGUCGUCCUCCCGUCACCCUCGUGGGGUCGCCCUCCCGUCACCCUCGUGGGGUCGCCCUCCCGUCACCCUCGUGGGGUGGCCCUCCCGUCACCCUCGGGGGGGUCGUCCUCCCGUCACCCUCGUGGGGUCGCCCUCCCGUCACCCUCGGGGUCGUCGUCCUCCCGUCACCCUCGUGGGGUCGCCCUCCCGUCACCCUCGUGGGGUUGCCCUCCCGUCACCCUCGUGGGGUCGCCCUCCCGUCACCCUCAUGGGGUCACCCUCGUGGGGUCGCCCUCCCGUCACCCUCGUGGGGUCGCCCUCCCGUCACCCUCGUGGGGUCGCCCUCCCGUCACCCUCAUGGGGUCACCCUCGUGGGGUCGUCCUCCCGUCACCCUCAUGGGGUCACCCUCGUGGGGUCGUCCUACCGUCACCCUCAUGGGGUCACCCUCGUGGGGUCACCCUCAUGGGGUUACCCUCGUGGGGGUCGUCCUCCCGUCACCCUCGUGGGGUCGUCCUCCCGUCACCCUCGUGGGGUCGUCCUCCCGUCACCCUCGUGGGGUCGCCCUCCCGUCACCCUCGUGGGGGUCGUCCUCCCGUCACCCUCGUGGGGUCGCCCUCCAGUCACCCUCAUGGGGUCACCCUCGUGGGCUCGAACUCUAUCCGGCUUUCUCAGUUAUGUUAACGAGAGUGUUUUCCAGCGAUUUUGA